ACUGUGAAACUAACCUUCUUUUAAACUGUCUCAUCUCAUAGGGCAUUGCAAAAUCAAAUAGAAUUUUGCAAAAAAUAUGGAAUAAAGUGAUAUAUACAAGUAGGCAUUUUAAAUUAUAUUACAAAAAAACAAUAUCUUACCGACUAAAAUAAAAAUGGACAUAGAACUUCCAACUGACAGUUAUGCCAACUCGCAAGUCUGCAAUGAAAUUAUUAAUGAUAUUGAAGACUUAAUUUCUGCACAGGAUAUUACACCAAAAGAAAGAUACAGUAACCGUAAAAAUGUAAAAGUUCAAGCCAAAAGAAAGAAUAAAAAUGAAGUUGUCCCUCCUACACCUGUUGGCGAAAACAUACCAGGGACUCAAAAUAUUUAUAUAGGUACUUGGGGAUGUGCACAUAAUAGCUCAGAUUCAGAAUAUAUGGCCGGACAGUUAGCAGCUUACGGUUAUAAGUUGACAGAUAAUAAGAGUGAAGCCGAUCUAAUUUUAUUGAAUAGUUGUACUGUUAAGAGUCCAGCUGAAGAUCAUUUCAGAAAUGAAAUAGAAUCUGCUAAAAAACAAGGGAAACACUUGGUACUUGCUGGGUGUGUUCCCCAAGGAGCUCCAAAAUCGUCCUUUAUUCAAGGUCUAAGCAUAAUAGGUGUACAACAAAUUGAUAGGGUUGUUGAAGUAGUUGAAGAAACUCUGAAGGGCAACACAGUAAAAUUGCUUGGUACCAAAAAAGAAAAUGGCAAGAAGAUGGGAGGAGCCUCUUUACUUUUACCAAAAGUUAGAAGGAAUCCACUAAUAGAAAUUAUAGCGAUAAACACUGGAUGUCUCAAUCAAUGUACAUAUUGCAAAACUAAACAUGCCAGAGGAGAUUUAGGCAGUUAUCCACCCGAAGAAAUUGUUGCUAGAGCAAAACAAGCUUUUGAAGAAGGAGUUGUUGAGAUUUGGUUGACCUCAGAAGACACAGGUACCUAUGGAAGAGAUAUAGGUACAUCACUACCGGAACUCCUAUGGAAAUUGGUAGAAGUAAUACCAGAAGGAUGUCGUCUUCGGUUGGGUAUGACCAAUCCUCCUUAUAUUCUCGAACAUUUAGAAGAAAUAGCAAAAAUAAUGGCGGAUUCUAGAGUAUAUGCUUUUCUUCAUGUACCAGUACAAUCUGCUAGUGAUGCUGUUUUAGGUGAUAUGAAGAGAGAAUACUGUCGAAAGGAUUUUGAACAUGUAGUAGAUUUUUUAAGAGAGAGAGUGCCUGGUAUGACUAUAGCGACGGAUAUAAUUUGUGGAUUUCCUACAGAAACUGAAAAGGACUUCGAAGAAACAUUAGACUUAUGCCAAAAAUAUAAAUUCCCCAGCCUUUUCAUCAAUCAAUUCUUUCCCCGACCUGGAACACCUGCAGCACUGCUGCCAAGGAUACCAACUCAAGAAGUUAAACAAAGAACUAAAAGGUUAACAGAACUAUUUCACUCUUACCAGCCCUAUGGCCAUAAGCUUGGAGAAAUCCAAGAAGUUCUAGCAACUGAAGUAUCCCAUGAUAAGAAACAUUAUGUUGCUCAUAAUAAAUACUACGAACAAGUUCUGAUACCGAUGAAAGAAGAGUAUAUGGGAAAAGUGGUUAAAGUUAAAAUCAUUCAAGCGACCAAGUUUUCAAUGACCGGUGAACCGCUUGAUGACAUUGUUAUGCCUGGGUUGAGAGAACCUCUUUUGAAAGGAAAAGUGUCUGGCGUUGAGUUGGAGAAUGCUGACGAUACCAAAUGGCUAUAUGGUCUGGUUAUUUUGGCUGUAUCAAUUAUUUUGAGGAUAUUAUGGAGCUAUAGCAAUUUUUAAGUUAAUAAAAUAAAAAUAUUGACAAAACUA